AUGCGGGCGCCAUCUUGGACCCGUCGCCGCUCUACUGAAGCUAUUGAAGAACACUUGGAAAGUCCAUCUCACAAAAGGUAAGAGAAGGACUUGGGGCACUUAUAGUCCUUAAUACCCCUACCCCUACUCCUUAAUACCCCUACCCAUACAGUGUUAAUACCCCUACCCCUAGUCCUUAAUACCCUUACCCCUAGUCCUUAAUACCACUACUCCUAGUCCUUAAUACCCCUAGCUCUACCACUUAAUACCCCUACCCCUAGUCCUUAAUACCCUUACCCCUACAGUGUUAAUACCCCUACCCCUAGUCCUUAAUACCCCUACAAUGUUAAUACCCCUACCCCAGCCUACCCCAGCACACACAGUGUUAAUACCCCUCCCCCAGUACACUAUGUGUAUUAACACUGUGUGUGUAGGGGAAUUAAGGGCUAUGUGGGCUGGGGUAAGGGUAUUAAGGACUAGGGGUAUUAAGGACUAGGGGUAGGGGUAUGAACACUGUAGGGGUAGGGGUAUUAAGGACUGGGGGUAGUGGUAUUAAGGGGUAGGGCUAGGGGUAUUAAGGACUAGGGGUAGUGGUAUUAAGGAUACUGUAGGGGUAUUAAGAACUAGGGGUAGGGGUAUUAAGGACUAGGGGUAGGGGUAUUAACACUGUAGGGGUAGGGGUAUUAAGGACUAGGGGUAUGGGUAUGAAGGACUAAGGGUAUUAAGGGCUAGGGGUAUUAAGGACUAGGGGUAUUAAGGACUAGGGGUAGGGGUAUUAAGGACUAUAAGUGCCCCAAGUCCUUCACUUACCUUUUGUGAGAUGGACUUUCCAAGGGUUCUUCAACAGCUUGAGUAGAGCGGCGACCGGUCCAAGAUGGCGCCCGCAUUCCUCGACGCUCAGCACGCAAUGGCAUAUACGUGCGGCAUCUAUGUAUUCUAUGUCUAUGGGUAACACUGCAGCCUGGCUUCGUUCAUUGGCUGAGAGUGAUCAGCUAAUGCUCUCAGCCAAUAAGGUAACCCAGCAUUGCCUGGCUUCGUUCACUGGCUGAGACUGAGAGUGAUCAGCUAAUGCUCUCAGCCAAUAAGGUAACACUGCAGCAUGGCUUAGUUCAUUGACUGAGAGGGAUCAGCUGGUGUUCUCAUUCAAUGAGGUUACUCUGCAGUGCAUGGCUUAGCUCAGGGGAGCUAACAGAAGUCUCCUAAGCAAGGUAGUGGAGUGGGGGGAGCAGGGCCAUGUGGACCACAGGUAAUUAGUCAGACCAUUAGUAUUAUUAUUAUUGCCAUUUAUAUAGCGCCAACAGAUUCCGUAGCGCUUGACCAUUCUAACAACCUUUAGACUAUUAACAGUGGGGGGAGCCAGGACACUUGGGAUUUGUAGUAGUUAUGAUGCUUGGAGUGUUCCUUUAAUAUACUCAUGUAAUUAGGUCCAUUAAAUUAAUAUACGUAUUUAAUUGGGCCGCUUUCAGCUCCAGGCCCUUAAUCUGAUCCUGGACAUGUCCAAUAAAAAUGAUAAAAAGUUAAAAAAUUUCGGUAGCCAUGUGGUCAGUUGUUAAAUGUGCUGAAAACAUUGAUUAUAUAAAUAUUAUCUAGAUAAAAUGUGUUUCUCCUUAAUGAGAGUAUACUCUGUGAUUUUGUUGGAGAAGUAAUAUCCCUCAAGGUAAAAUUUAGGUCCAUUUCCCAUUAUUGUAUAUAUGCUGGUAGUGUUAGAAUUUUAUGAAGAUUUGUAUCGAAUUAAAAGAUUAAUCCUAGUUGUUUAACUGGAUUCAGGCAACUACUUUGAAAUAUGGUGGAAGGGACAACCCUAAAGGCUUACAGGUAAUGUUGAACAAAAUGCUUAAGCUGUAAUUAGCAAACAAAUUUGAGUCAGAACACUGUAACCAUUUUCCAGUGUUUCAAUAUGCAGGACAGUGUUACUUUUUGGUAAAGAUCAGAUCUAUCUACCUAUCUAUACACCAGGCACAAACGAUGAAUUGACCAGGUGCAAAUAACAAGGAAAAAAAUAUAUGUCAGUCCAGAAUCCUUGGAAGUCAUGCCCUUAGUAUGUCCAUGUGUCCUUCAGAGAUGAAGAGAAUGAGUCACUGAAUUAGGUAAAAUUCUUAAAUGAAAGGAAGUCUGGUGGUCACAAUAACCCAUAAAGAGAAAUAGAGUUAAAUUGAGUUUUGAUGGAGACCCACUUUGUUGCAACAGGAAAUGGAGUACAAUAAAACAUGAGAACAUUAUACAGCCCUCUCUCAAUUAAGACAAAUAGAGUGAGCACUGCUUCAAUUUUGGCUUCCUAUCGUACUACAUAGAAGCCAAUAUGUGUGGACACAGCUUGGCUCUUUUAGCCUAUAGUUUGCCAUUUGGAUUUCACUUUUCUGCAACUCAUUGUUAAGUUAAUUAACCACACAUCCUCUCUCUGUAGCCACUUUGUUAAUGCAAAGAGCUAAACAGCAGAACAUGUGGUUGAAACUCAAUAUCUAAAGCCAUGAUGAAGAGGUCUAGUUGUUGUUUAUCUAAACAUUAAAACAGGAAAUAUAUGUUGCAGGACACUUACGUGGUGGGAUGAUUGCUGGUGCCAGAUGUGGAGAUCCAGCAUCAAGAAACAACUGACGUCCUGGGAUUUUGGACAUACUACAACUUUUACAACUUCAGACUCAACAGGUGGGCUAGUCCACGAUGCAAUUAUCGAUAUGGAUAACAUGCCCAUGCAUACAGGCAAAGUAUUAUCCUGGUGA